AAGUAAAUAUGUUUAAAUAUUUGGGUAUAUGACUGUAUAGAUGACCAAGGCCCAGCAAAAAGCAGCCAUUUGCCCUCUUCCUCUCUCACACAGCCACGGCCCAUGGGAACUCCCCAAAGCACAGCAGAUUCGUUAUCCUUGACAGAAAAGAACAUGGCUCCUUGCUUGGUAUUUGCUACAUAACUCUUAAGACUUUCUCAAUUCAGUUAUUCUCAGAGUUACAAGCUUUUUCUUGGUCGAUUGCCUGUCAACUUGCUUGAAGCUUCAGUUCAAUGAGGUCCAACACAAGUGAUGUAGAGGAAGGAAAAGGCACAGAAAACCUGGAGGAAGAAACAGAUGGGAAGCUAGUGUUUAAUCAUAUAAGAUUGGCUCUUGGGGUUAUGGAGAUGUUAAGGACAAUUAUAGUGUUAUUUUUUGUUAGGAUACCUGUAGUGUUAUUAGCCAUUGAGGUCUCAUUACUGGAUCCUCUCUUCUUCUAUAUCCCCGCGAUCAAUGAGUGGCAAAAGUGUGUUCGCUUGGACAAAAAGCUGGGGAUUUCAGUUAUGGUUUUUCGUUCACUCGUCGAUUCCUUUUAUGUGAAUUACAUCAUUGCUCAACUUCAUAAAUAUUGCUCUGUGGCACGUUCUAGAUUCCCGUGAUCAAUGGGUGGCAAAAGUGUGUUCGUUUAAUAUGUUUGAUUUCCAUCUUUCAUCGAGAAAUAAAGCUUCAAUACAGAUUAUAUUCAGUAAAAUCUCCAAACAGAGAGUAAUACAUACACUGCUUAAAAACAGCUCGUAUUAUUAUCAUUGGACGUGUUGUCAAAAACAUAAGAAGAGGAGAUGGUAUACCAAAAACUACAUUUGAAACCACAUUAAAUAAUUUUCAAACCCAAAAAAAAA